AUGGCUACAUCAGUGACCGGCCUGACAUCACGCCUGACACAAGGCCUCCGGCGGGUAUGCAAUAUGGCAUCCAGCCGCCCCCCCAGGCCCAAGGAGGAUGGCAGCAACAGCCUCCUCUGCAACCCCCCCCUCAAGCACAGGGCGGGCUUGCAUACAAAUGAGUUUCCAAAGACGUUCGAAUUCCACUAG